UUCUUUCCUUCCUUCGUACAUGGCGGCGCGCACAGCGAACGUAAAUAUUGCAGCGUUGAACCAGGUUGAACAUUGAAAAGUGGUGCUCUGUCCGCGGAGACAAUAUUGGGAUCUCCACCAUUUGACGGGACCCUUUUUUUCUUGCCGUUAAUGUCGAUUCUCCAAGCCAAUUGGAACCAAAGAACCUCGAGCAGAAGUGCUAGGACGAAACCGAGACCCCCAUGCUUAGAAACCCGAAGAGACAGAGAUCUGCGUGUUUGGGGCGUCAAGUUCCAGCCCUCUGGAUUUUCAACCCCGAGAGAUGGAGCUCUCCCUAAAGUUCGGUGGUCAACUCCCAAAAGUAAAAUUGGAGCCUCUUGACGCUAGCCUACCAGAACAGGGCCAGCAACAGGAAUGCAACGAGUUUUCAUCAGGAGGCAACAAUUACGGGGCAACUCGAGGGAUGAUCCAAAUUAAAGAAGAACCUCGAGAGGAAUCUUCGGACGAACAUCCGAUCAUUGAAGUGAAGACAGAGCCUUACAACACUGCAAUUUUGGACCAGGUGGGACACAGCCAUGACUCAACGUCAGAAGGAGCAAAAGAAAGCAGCGGUGGGCUUUACAUCAAGGACGAGCUCAGAGGCACCUGCGAUCACGCAUCUUCAGGUCUCUCCUUUUCAAGUGCACAGUUCGAGAUCGGCACAACAACAGUUGAACCACAGUGCCAAAACGAUGCACUAGUCACCACUGAUGGUCGACCCACAGAGCAAUCUUCAGACCAGAGCGAGACUCAAGUGGCAAGCAAGUCAUCGACGUUCGGACAUGAGAAAGACAGGCUUUAUAACCCCAACAUUUGUUUAGCCGCAUGCAUCGACACUGGCCACUUGGAGGUCCAUGUCAAAACUCACAAAACAAAGACACUUACCUGCGACAAGUGUUCCGCGACAUUCCGUCAUGCGUCAACUCUGCGAGUGCACGCAAGACAUUGCACGGGACUAGGCUCGCAGAAGUCGAACGUAAGUGCACCUGCAUGCGCAUCGAGCGCACACGAGUGCAAUCUCAGCCCUGCAGAGUCCGGCCACAGUAUGUGCCUGCAGCGUCGCAAGCGCACGCUCGUGGGCAAGAAGAGCUUCAGGUGUGAUCUCUGUGGUUUUGAGUUCAACAAGAGGUACAAGCUGCGCAAUCACAAGAAAGCACACAUGAGUGAGGGGCUAUACCAGUGCACCUUCUGUCCUGCACAGUUCAGGCAAAGCGCGAUGCUGAAGUAUCACAAGCAAAAACAUACAGGCGAGAAGGCCUAUAAGUGUGACCUCUGUCCUGCAGAAUUCAGUCAUAGCUCUAGCCUGUUGCGCCACAAGCGGACACACACAGGCGAGAAGCCCCAUAAGUGCGAUCUCUGUCCUGCAGAGUUCCACAAGAGGUGCGACUUGCAGCGUCACAGGAGAACACACACGGGAGAGAAGCCAUACAAGUGUGACGUCUGCCCUGCGGAGUUCAGCUGUAGCUCGAUGCUGUUGCGCCACAAGCGGACACACACGGGCGAGAAGCCCCAUAAGUGCGAUCUCUGUCCUGCAGAGUUCCACAAGAGGUACGACUUGCAGCGUCACAGGAGAACACACACGGGAGAGAAGCCAUACAAGUGUGACGUCUGCCCUGCGGAGUUCAGCUGUAGCUCGAUGCUGUUGCGCCACAAGUGGACGCACAUGGGCGAGAAGCCCCAUAAGUGUGAUCUCUGUCCUGCAGAGUUCCACAAGAGGUACGACUUGCAGCGUCACAGGAGAACACACACGGGAGAGAAACCAUACAAGUGUGACGUAUGCCCUGCGGAGUUCAGCCGUAGCUCGGUGCUGUUGCACCACAAGUUGACGCACAUGGGCGAGAAGCCCCAUAAGUGUGAUCUCUGUCCUGCAGAGUUCAGCGAGAGGGCGGGCCUGCGGUCUCACAAGAAAGCACACGUGAGUGAGGGGCUAUACAAAUGCACCUUCUGUCCUGCACAGUUCAGGCAAAGCACGACGCUGAAGUGUCACAAGCAAAAACAUACAGGCGAGAAGGCCUAUAAGUGCGACCUCUGUCCUGCAGAAUUCAGUCAUAGCUCUAGCCUGUAUGUCCACAAGCGGACACACACGGGCGAGAAGCCCCAUAAGAGCGAUCUCUGUCCUGCAGAGUUCAACAAAAGGUACGACUUACAACGUCACAAGAGAACACACACGGGAGAGAAGCCAUGCAAGUGUGACCUCUGCCCUGCGGAGUUCAGCGACAGCUCAAUGCUGUUGCGCCACAAGUGGACGCACAUGGGCGACAAGCCCCAUAAGUGUGAUCUCUGUCCUGCAGAGUUCAGCGAGAGGGCGGGCCUGCGCUCUCACAGGCGAACACACACGGGAAAGAAGCCAUACAAGUGCAAUGUCUGCCCAUUGGAGUUCAGCCACAUGAAGAGUCUGUCAUAUCACAUGCGAAAACACACAGGCGAGAAGCCCUGUAACCCUGUAUCCACACGAGUCAGUUUUCUGCCGGCAGCAAGUCGGGAAGGAGUGAGAGGAUAUCCGAGAUAAACGUGAUCACUACGCGUCUGAAGACGCCCGCUCAUUCUCUAGCAUUCGCAAGAGUCAUUUUCCCGGCGGCUGUCAGUUUUCCGAUCCCUUCUGUAUUCGCGCUUGCAUAUCGUCUGUGUCUAGCGUAGGAUGGACCAAUGAAAGAAAAAACUUAUUGCGCUUGGGCUCCUUGUGGAUGAUUCAGAGUGCAUUCACGUGAGAAACGGGACAGGAUAUGGGCCAAAGGAUAGAUUCCGAAGAAGCGCUACGGAAUGUAAAACAGCGUUAACGCAAAUCUCCAUGUGGACGACCCAAACGCCUGUUGGAGUAUUUUGAGAAUAGACGCUGUCACAUUCGGUUUUAUUUUCCACUAAUGAAGCGUAUCUCGAUGCUGAGCAUCAAUAUAGGCGCUACAGCGUGCCGACAAGUGAUGGAUUGGCGAUGAAGCUGUGGUGUCGAACUACAGGUAGUCAAUAAUUAAUUAAAUUAAAUCAGAUCAACUUUUCUUUUCCUUUCGGUAGGACGAGUAGCUUCCAAUUAUUAUGUUUUUAUACAUGUAUUGGAAACGUGCAUGCAAACGAUUAUGUGUAGUCAACAUCUGUCCAGCGAAAGAAAUAUCCACGUUUAUAAAAUUCAUGCUUGUAUUCCGUGUCUGUUUCGUCUCGCGUAGAGAAAAAGCUUACUAUGCAACACUACAUUGUAGGUAUCUCUCUAUAUAUUGCAUAAUUGUUCCGAAGCUGCUGCGCUGGUGUGUCAUUGCACCACUUUCGCAGUAAAGCCAAGCAUCGUUGGCGUUCCAAUUCAGAAUUUGCCAUAGUACAGUGAAUGCCGUUGUAUGGGACACAUGCAGAACAAUCCUGAUGAAAUAAAAAGCAAGCGCGAUAAGGAUCCGUUGCGUCACCUCCUCCUUCUGCCGACAGCAGACGCCGCCGGUCGUCAGAAUCUGUGCCGGGAGGACAAGAUAUCCAGCUGCCUCCGACUGCCGCUCCGGAGAUCAGAAAGUGGUGACGUUCCCUGACGACUGAGCGUCAGCCGGCAGAAAACUGACUCGUGUGAAUACAGAGUAAGUGUGAUCUCUGUGCUGCAUGGUUCAGCCAGGGCACGAGACUAUAUCACAAGCGAAGACACACAGGUGAGAAGCCCUACAAGUGUGGUCUCUGUCCUGCAGAGUUCAUCGAGAGCAUGAAGUUGAGGUAUCACAAGCGGAAACACAUGAGCGAUGGGCCCUAGUAGUGCUAUCCCUGUCCGGCAGAAUUCAGCCACUGCGCAGACCUGGUGCAAUACAAGCGGACACACAUGGACGAGUGUCUCUGUGCUAUAAACUUGAGGCAGAGCACAAACCUCCAGGGUUGCUGUAAGUGCACCUUCAUGGGCAUGAGGAAAUGCGACCUCUCUUUUGCAGAUUUCAGCCGCAGCACAAACCCACACCAGCCGGAGGACCAGCAGAUCACGGACCUGUGGCCUAGUAAGUGAGCACGACACACUUGGGACAGGAGCUGUACAAGUGCUGCCGAUUCUUUUCUGUUGCGUGUCCUCAACCUCAACGCAGAUGGAGAAAGGACAGCAGGAAGGAGUGAAGGGCAGGGGGUUAUUAUACGUCCUGGACCGAGUCCAGGGCCCAAUAAAGCACAGAUGUCCUUUAGACGUCCAGAGGAUGAUUUUAUUAGGACAUUUAGUGUGUCCAUAAGAUGUCCGGAUAUGUCCAGUAUACGCUGAAAAGACGUACGAAUCAAAUGCUUGUCAAGAUCACGUUGCGGAGGAUAUCCUGGGUGGAUGUUUUCCCCUCUACUGGGUGUAUGUCUGAAACACAUGUAGAAAUGUCCGUCGGAUGUUCUGUCUACAUCUGCCUCAAUACACUGUAGAUGCCAUGCAUUAUGACACCACGCAGGCUCUAAACUGCCAACCAGGGUUUAUUUCGACGAAUAAAUUAUUCCCCUUUCUUUCAUUA